AACGGAGGAGCUCCUCUGCUGUACGCUGUUCAUGGUAACCAUGUGCGCUGCGUGGAGAUUUUAUUAGACAGUGGUGCUGAUCCGACUGUAGAGUCAGAUUCUGGAUUCAACGCCAUGGACAUGGCUGUUGCGAUGGGCCAUCGAAACG